CGACCUGAAGGAGGCCAGUCCCGCGCCCCGGCCCCGGCCCCCCGGCGAUGGCCAGAGCCCCACGGCCUCCGGGACCAUGAAGAGCGAGAAGGCGCGCAGGGGCGCAGGAGGCUCCGGUGGCCUCGGCGCUGGACUCAAGUACAGCUCGCGGCCGGAGUAUGUUUAGACAACCAAGAACCAUUGGACAUUUAAAGUAAACCUGCAACCUCGACGGGCAAAGACAUGAUUCUGAAGAUAAUAUAAAAACAACCAAGUUGGGAUCCUAAGAACAAGAAGGUGGUGAAUUCAUAGAAUCGAAAAGGCUAUGGUUAAAAAAAGAACCAUCUAAGAAGAAAAGUCACUCUUGGAAAUGAAAUGCAUGACUUAAAAAAAAAAAUUUGUUGUCUUUGCAGUAAAUCUCAAGAUAAGGCGAUAAUAUGGAUGGCUGUGAGGAGGGCGUGGAGUUCUUGCCGGCCAACAACAGCAGGAAGGUGGAGAAGGGCGGCCCGCGGCGGUGGGUGGUGCUGGUGGCCGUGCUGGCUGCCUUCCUGGCGCUGUCCCUCCUGGCGGGGCUCCUGGCGUGGCACUUCCAGGACCGGAACGUGCGAGUCCAGAAGAUCUUCAACGGCUACCUGAGUGUCCGGAACGAGAACUUCCUGGAUGCCUACGAGAACUCCAACUCCACUGAGUUUGCGAACCUGGCCAAGAAGGUGAAGGAGGCGCUGAAGUUCUUAUACAGUGGGAUCCCGGUCCUGGGCCCCUACUACAAGACGUCGACUGUGACCGCCUUCAGCGAGGGCAGCGUCAUCGCCUACUACUGGUCGGAGUUCGACAUCCCCAAGCACCUGGUGAAGGAAGCCGAGCAGGCCAUGGCGGAGAAGCGCAUGGUCACAGUGCCGCCCCGAGCCCGUUCCAUGAGCUCCUUCGUGAUGACCUCGGUGGUGGCCUUCCCCAGUGACCCCAGAAUAGUACAGAACACCCAGGACAACAGCUGCAGCUUUGCCCUGCACGCCCAGGGCAGCGAGCCCACCCGCUUCAGCACGCCCGGCUUCCCCGACAGCCCCUACCCAUCUCACGCCCGCUGCCAGUGGACGCUGCGGGGGGACGCUGACUCUGUGCUGAGCCUCACCUUCCGCAGCUUCGAUGUCUCUACCUGCGACGAACAUGGCAGUGACCUGGUCAUGGUGUAUGACACCCUGAGCCCCGUGGAACCCCGGGCCGUGGUGCAGCUGUGUGGGACCUACCCUCCCUCCUACAACCUGACCUUCCUCUCCUCCCAGAACGUCCUGCUCAUCACGCUGGUGACCAGCACCAAGCGCAGGCACCCCGGCUUCGAGGCUGUGUUCUUCCAGCUGCCCCGGAUGAGCAGCUGUGGAGGCUACUUGCGGGCAGCCCAGGGGACAUUUAACAGCCCCUACUAUCCAGGCCACUACCCGCCCAAUAUCAACUGUACCUGGCACAUUGAGGUGCCCAGCAACAAAAACGUGAAGGUGCGCUUCAAAGCCUUCUUCCUGCAAGAGCCCAACGUCCCGGUGGGCUCCUGCACCAAGGAUUACGUGGAGAUCAACGGGGAGAAGUACUGCGGAAAGAGGUCGCAGUUUGUCGCCAGCAGCAGGAGCAACAAGAUCACCGUCCACUUCCACUCGGACCAGUCCUACACCGACACCGGAUUCCUGGCGGAGUUCCUGUCCUUCGAUGCCCGUGACCCGUGCCCAGGCAGUUUCAUGUGUAACACGGGGCGGUGUAUCCGGAAGGAACUUCGCUGUGACGGCUGGGCCGACUGCACUGACUAUAGUGAUGAGCUCGACUGCAAGUGCAACGCCACCUACCAGUUCACGUGCAGGGACAAGUUCUGCAAGCCCCUGUUCUGGGUCUGUGACUCCGUGAGGGACUGUGAGGACGGCAGCGACGAGGAGGGCUGCAGCUGCCCGCCCAAUGCCUUCAAGUGUGACAAUGGGAAGUGCCUCCCUCAGAGCCAGCAGUGUGACAGGAAGGACGACUGUGGCGAUGGGUCCGAUGAAGCCAAGUGCCAGGAUGUGAAAGUCGUCACCUGCACCAAACACACCUACCGCUGCCUCAACGGGCUCUGUGUGGACAAGAGCAACCCCCAGUGUGACGGGAACGAGGACUGCACUGAUGGCUCGGAUGAGAAGGACUGUGACUGUGGGCGGCGGUCGUUCACCAGGCAGUCCCGAGUCGUCGGAGGUGAGAAUUCAGACCAAGGCGAGUGGCCUUGGCAGGUGAGCCUCCACGCCCUGGGCCAAGGCCACCUGUGCGGGGCCUCUCUCAUCUCCCCCAGCUGGAUGGUGUCCGCCGCACACUGCUUCAUCGACGACAGAGGAUUCAGGUACUCGGAACCCAGCGUGUGGACGGCCUACCUGGGCCUGCAUGACCAGAGCAAGCGCAGCGCCCCGGGGGUGCAGGAGCGCGGGCUGCAGCGCAUCAUCACGCACCCGUUCUUCAACGACUUCACCUACGACUACGACAUCGCGCUGCUGCAACUGGACCGGCCGGUGGAGUACAGCGCCACCAUCCGGCCCAUCUGCCUGCCCGCGGCCGACCACACCUUCCCCACCGGCAAGGCCAUCUGGGUCACCGGCUGGGGCCAUACGCAGGAGGCCGGCCAGGGGGCUAUGAUCCUGCAGAAGGGCGAGAUCCGGGUCAUCAACCAGACCACUUGUGAGCACCUGCUGCCGCAGCAGAUCACCCCACGCAUGAUUUGCGUGGGCUACCUCAGCGGUGGCGUGGACGCCUGCCAGGGCGACUCCGGGGGCCCCCUGUCCAGCCCGGAGGCAGAUGGGCGGAUGUUUCAGGCCGGCGUGGUGAGCUGGGGCGAGGGCUGCGCGCAGAGGAACAAGCCCGGUGUGUACACGAGGCUCCCUGUAUUCCGGGACUGGAUUAAAGAACAGAUCGGUGUAUAGAGGCGAGGUCCAGCCGCGGUCACCCCAGGUGCACACCUGUGGGCCGAGGACUGGAUUGCUCCGCACGACCCCGCCUCGGGCCCCGGAACCCAGACUGUGAACUGAUCCCCGAGACUGCGGAUUGGGGGUGCUCUCUUCCAGCUCAGCCUCGUAAAUGGGGGUGGGGGUGGGGGGUAAGACCCGGCUGUGCGGGGAGGACCCGGCUGUGCCGGGAGGCGCGUUGGAGGACGGAACCUCCCCGCUCCAAGCUGGCCUGCUUCGCUUGGUCCGCCUGGAGCACGGAAGCAGCUGUCGUGUGGCCUCUGGGACCCCUCGGUGGGGCUGGUGGCGCCCCCAGGGUCACAGUCUUCAGGAAGCCCAGGCCCGAAGGCCCUGGACGUCAGCCGGGUCCAGGAUCAGAAUGUCUUACCGGCUCCCAGGGUGAGGUUCACUGUGUGUAUUUGUGUGUAUAAGUAAAACACUUUGUUUCUUUUUAGGUAA